AUGAACCAACAAGAUCAACCCACUGCUCGCAUUCGUUUCUCAACGGGUGCUCUUCCUUCCCAUCUCGUCUGCGAAUCAUCUUGUUCCGAUUCAACAACUCCGAAUAUUGUGAGAUCUUCUCAAGCCAUCGGGACUCUCAAUGAAGAAGAUCAUUCAUCUCCAUUUUCAGGAUUGGCUCCGAUCAUUGAAAAAAGUUUAGCCAAGAUUAAAAUUGAGGAAUUAUUUCAUUAUGGAUCUCCGAAGGGAGAAGAGUCAUUGUGUAGAGCCAUUGCAUAUUUGUACAACAAAACAGUGAGCAGGAAUGGUGUUGAAGAUCAUGAAUCGUACCAACAGCAACGAUCAUCGUUUGGAGCGCAUUCACAACAACUUGUCGAUCGAAUGUCGAUUCAUGCUGAACAUGUCCACAUCACCUCUUCAGCUCAACAAGCUCUGAAUAUUGUAUUUUCUGCUCUUUUUAACAAUCGAAUGGCAGGUUACCACACAAGUGAUCAAGAUAAUCAUGAGUAUUCAUCUGAAACAAUUUUGUUUCUUCAGCAGCCUUGCUUUUUUGGAACGGUUAGAUUGGUGAAAAAGUUUUGUCUUUCUGCAACAAGAGUGAGCAAUAACAGAGAAGAGUCAGUCAACUCCGUGAAGGUUGAGAGUUUUGAAACUGUGGAAGAACUUGUUCGAAAAUUAACUAGAAUACCAGUAUCCAAUACCACAACGGGCGAAUGCACUUCCAGAACAUGUAACAUGACAAGAAAGACAACACAACAUCGCCCACGAAUUGUAAUUUAUAUUUGUUCCAAUUAUCAAGCAUAUAAUGGUACAAGAGUUUCUGACUCUGAAAAACAAUUGCUCUCACUCCUGAUCAAAUCGAGAAGAGAAGAUUUUGAAUUUAUCAUCAUUGAGGAUAAUCCCUAUGAUUUCUUGUAUUUGAGUGAUACUGAAAGACCAUUGACAUUGUUUGAAAUGUUGCCAAAUCACACCAUAUUAAUUGGAGGAUUUUCUAAAAUUCUAGCACCAGGUAUUCGAACUGGUUAUAUUAUUUUGGAUCAAGAACAACAAAACAGUGAAGGUGGAAAGAACGACAAACAUUCCUUGAAAGGGUUGAUUCACAGAGAGAAACUUGAUCAGGAUUUAUUUACCUCAACAUUGUGUCAACAAGUUUGUACAGCCGCAAUUUCAGAGGAUGGAGGUGCCUAUCUAAAUUCAUGGAGAAGGGUUGUGAAAGAGAGAAGAAAUGCCACUUUACAAUACUUGAACGAAUUUUUCCAUGACGUAAAAAACCAUGUCGAAUGGACGCAAGCAGAUUGUGGCAUUUUCAUUUAUGUGAGGUUUAAGAAUGUCUCAAAGAACAUCAACAAUUCCAAAAACGAGCACACAGUUGAGAAAGAAAAAAACACGCCAGAUGACAUUUCUCAAUUGUUAAAAAUUGCCUCCUCAAGAUAUAAGUUAGAUUUGGAGCCAAGUUGUUAUACUUACCUGGAUGGAAAGUCUCGUUUGGAAACACGUGUGAAUUUCAUCCUCCCACAGUCACUGAAUUUAUUGAGAGAAGGAAUUUCGCGUUUAAGGCAAGCAUACAAUGAAUGGAUGAACUCAAAUAUUCCACUUUUGAAACAAAUCCCUCUGAGCAACAAACAAUUGAGGAUUAUUAUAACAUCUGGUGGAACAGCGGUACCUAUUGAUACGGUUCGUUACAUUAGCAAUAGCUCUAUGGGAACUACUGGAGCACAAAUUGCCAAUGAAUGUCUCGACAGAGGUCAUUUAGUUCAUUUUCUACACAGCAAAGCGUCACGAGUACCAAAUGAAUUCGAUCCAAAGCACAAAUCCAAUCUUCACAAACAUGUCUAUUUUACAUUUGAUGAAUAUCAUGAACAAUUGAAAAAUCUUGUCACUACCACACAACCAGAUGUUGUGAUUUUGUCUGCAGCCGUUAGUGAUUAUGGAGUGGAGAACAAACACAACGACAAAAUGAGUUCAGAUCUCGAGACUCAAACACUUACAUUAGUGAAAUUACCAAAAAUUAUUUCACUGGUUAAAAAGUGGAACCCAAAAGUCUUCUUAGUAGGAUUCAAAUUAUUGACCGGCGUUCAAACAGUGAAAGAGUUAAUCAAUACAGCAUAUAGACACGGAAUCAAAAAUCAUUCCAAUCUUACCGUUGCCAAUUCGACUCUCACAAGUGAUUCAUCCAAUUUUGCCAACCGAAUUAUUACACUAAUCACUCCAGAAAAGAGUGUCAUCCCAUGCUCUCUCAAGAAUCUAUCCAGCAUUCUUGUUACAAAUAUUGAAAAACGAGUUUCACACAAGCAUUACAAAACCAUUGUCCACAAGGAAGGAGAUGUAACUUAUUUUGAUUGUGUAAAAGAAAUGCCUCAAACACUCUCAAAAAUGUUUGAAAAUAUGAAAAAAGCGUACACCUUGGGACUAUUUGACAAGUAUUUUGAUGAUGAAGGCGAGGAAGAUUUAAGUACUUCUAAAAACUGUGUUGACAACUCUAAGCACAGAAAUGUUCUCGAUGAAGAUGAGAACUCAUCUGCUCAUUUCGGUUUUGUGGCUAUGCGUGCUCCAAGACCAUAUUCAGGAUUUUUAAUCACUUCUCGAGCUAGUAAUAAGCUAAAUCCAACAUUGAAGGAUAUUGUCUAUGUUUCAAAUGCUGAUUUUGGAAAACGAGAAUUGCAUGUUCAUUCUCAACAAGGACAAAAAUCAUCGCUCAAUGCAAACGUUGCUGCAUGGCUGUUCGAGAAUCGAAAAGAAGUGAAUCUCAUUUUACAUGCACAUAUCUUCCCCAGUUGUGAUAACAUGACUGAUUUUGAUUAUUCACCUGGAACUCAGGAAGAUGUUGACGCGGUGGCAGAAAAGAUGACACACGGAGAGAAAAUUGUUGAAAUUCCACAACAUGGAAUUAUAUCGGUAUCAGAAAGCGACAAUAUUGAAGAGGCUAUUCAUUCUCUUGGAGAGGGACAUGCUUAUUUUAAAUUUGCUCAUUUAUAUGACAUGAUAUAUGCACGAUUUCAGAGAUCUACCGACUUGAUUGAUGUACUCGAUCGAGAGUUUCCUGACAAUAAGGAACAUACAAAUAUUUGUGACCUUUGUUGUGGAACAGGAGAGGUCACUCGAUUGCUCUAUGAGAGAGGUUUUCGAACAUUCACAUUGGCCGAUCAAAGCGACAAGAUGUUGUCGUAUGCCAAGAAAAAAUUGAGCACUUGUUACGGAGAGGAAUUUUGUCGCAACAUACCGACACAUGUCACAUCCAUGCAAGAGCUGAACCUAAAAGGCUCACAUUUCGACGUCAUUGUUAUGAGGCAAGCCAUUAAUUAUGCAAUGAAUUUAGAGGGCCUUUCCAUGGUCUUUGCGUCAUGUUAUGAGCAUCUUAAAAAGGGAGGCAAAUUAAUUCUCAACACGACCAAUUUCCAAGUGGAUCAAGCUGAAAAGUUUUCAAAAAUGCGUGUUUUAAGAUACGACUGUACAGAUGGAUAUGUUGGACUAGUGGGAAAGAGAGAUGAAAGAGAUAAUGACAACACCGUGCAACAAUGUACACAUUCGAACAUUCCAUUCAACGUGUACAUUAGAGAAGGAAAUUUGUUGAAUAUUGAGAACAACCCAAAUUCGAAACAUCCACGAAAAGAGACCCGCCUGCUCAUUCACGCACAACAUUGUGUGAUGGAAAGAGUGAGACUCGACCAACAUUCCAAAGAGGUACCACUUUACGAAAGACAUUGCUUGUUCGAUCUCAACAAGUUUGGAAUGUUCACACGAAAAGAAUUUCAUGACGAAUUGAAACAAGCGGGCUUUGAACAUGUGAAAUGUUAUGGAAAGGGGCUUGAAGAGAUCAACUUGGAAGACAAUGCAUUGAAUAGCUCUAAAGAUGAACUCAAAUCUCCAUCCUUGUACUUUGUGGCUAUCAAAUAG